GAUCUGGGGCAAGGAAUGAAAUGUCAUCCUGACCCAUUUCUGAUUCUCACCCUUCUGUUUCCACAGAUCAUUAAGCUGAAAGCAGAAGCCCGUCUCGAUCUCCUGAAGCAGAUCGGGGUCUCUGUGGAUACGUGGCUAAAAAGUGCAAUGAACCAGGUGAUGGAGGAGCUGGAAAACGAGCGCUGGGCCAGCCUGCCCUCGGUGACCAACAACGGCUCUGCACACCUGAUCAAUGCUGAUGCAGAGAAAGAAGAAGGUGAAGAGUUUGAGGACAGCAUGGAUGUUUUUGAUGACAGCAGUUCUAGUCCUUCUGGUACUCUUAGAAAUUACCCUCUCACCUGCAAAGUCGUUUAUUCCUAUAAGGCUUCUCAGCCAGAUGAAUUGACCAUAGAGGAACACGAGGUACUGGAGGUGAUUGAAGAUGGAGAUAUGGAAGACUGGGUUAAGGCACGGAAUAAAGCUGGCCAGGUGGGCUACGUCCCUGAGAAGUACCUGCAGUUCCCAACAUCCAGCAGCCUGCUGAGCAUGCUGCAGUCCCUUGCUGCACUGGACAGUCGGUCCCACACCUCCAACAAUUCCACAGAGGCUGACCUGGUGUCGGGCAGCCUGAAUGGAGAUUCCAGUGUCUGUUUUGUGAAAGCACUUUACGACUACGAGGGGCAGACCGAUGACGAGCUGUCCUUCCCAGAAGGAGCCAUCAUUCGCAUCUUGAACAAGGAGAAUCAGGAUGAUGAUGGCUUUUGGGAAGGAGAAUUCAAUGGGCGUGUUGGGGUGUUCCCAUCGGUGUUAGUUGAAGAGCUGACAGCCUCAGAAAAUGGAGAGACUCAGUGGAUUGGAGAUAUUCAGGUGUCCCCCACCCCAAAGCCGAAUCACACCCUUCCGCCGCUGCCGCUGUACGACCAGCCUCCCACCAGCCCCUUCCACAGCCCGGACAAAAGAGGCUCCCAGUACUUCCCCAGGUCACCAUCGACUAACGAAAACAGCUUCAGCUCAGAGUCCCCUGGGUUCUCACAGCCUCCACGACUUCCUCCUGAAACUUCAUAUGGCAAACUGCGACCUGUGCGAGCAGCUCCUCCACCCCCAACGCAGCAGCAGCACCGCCGGCCAACAGAGAAGAUUGAGGACGUGGAAAUCACGCUGGUGUAACGGUUGGACUCGUUCCGCAGUAGUGCUACAAUCAAGACCAAACCCGGGAUUUGGUCGGUCUCGUUUUUAGGCACCUUUGCAUGAUGAAGACUUGGAAUCGAGCGAGAGACAGGGAGGAUUUGGGGGACGGUGACGCGGCGGACUCCUUCCCACGCUCGUGAAUAUGUUGUGCCUUUUUUUGUUGUUUCGCUUUCUGUACAUCAUUCCUCCUCUCUUAGCACAAACCCAGGCGGGCUGAGCAGCGAGCGGAGGAUCGGCACCGGGCAGCUUUCUCUCUUGGCUGAAGAUGGUCAUUUUUACACGGAGGCUGAGAAGGAGCCUCCUGCUGCAGUCACAGCGCCCUUCCAUCACGUGUGUCAGUACAGUAUAUUACUGUUGCCAUAGGAAUGUGCUAAAGGCUGUCCGUUCUUCAAGUAGCAUUGCUUGUCUGAUUAGGCAUUAAUCAGAUCUAACGGAGUGAAAAAGGGAACUGAAGAAUGAGUGUAAGGAGAGGCUGGCUCCUCUUUAAUGUCCCCUUGAAGGAAGAAACAGGAAAAUAAUCUCAUAGGUAAGGGAAAGUGAUGCAGAUCAUACAGCGUUAAUUACAGUAAUGCACACCUCUUCAAUAAUUAACAGUUAAGCAGAGCUAAAUGUUCUUUGUAUUAAUAUUUAUGCAGUACAUUUAGUAAUAGAGUAUCUAAUACGGAGGUGCUGAAUUAGUAGCAACAUCUUGUUCCAUAGCCUAAACCGACUGGUAGACAAGUGAGAUUUUUGUCUAGAUCUGGAAAUUGAGCUUCUUUUUUUCUUUUUUUUUUUUUUCCUUAGCAGAUUUUGGGGGUUUUGCUUUUGAAGUGUUUGG